AUGUAAUAGAUAGAUGAAAUUUAACAAAAGCCAUUCUCAAGAGUAGCUUUGGCAGGAAGUACAAGAUGCGGUAAAACGACUUUAUUGGGUGUGCUAACAAAGGGAUUGAGUGAUGAUGGAAAGGGAUAUCUAAGAAACAUUAUGGUUAAUUAUUCGCAUGAAGUUAAAAAGGGAGGGUAAACAGAAUCUGUUGUGUUUGAGCUGGUAGGAUUUGAUAAACAAGGUAAGUAGGUUCUAUCAAAUGAAUAACCAACAAACAAAGGUCAAUAUUAAAGUCAAGUAUUCUAAUAAUCGAACUCAUAUUUAUAUUUAAUCGAUACAUGCGGAGAUACCAAAUAUUUUAAGCAUUCAUUAUCAGCGAUCAAUAAAUGCUUGUUUAAUCUUUUAAUUAUUGUGAUAGCUGCUGAUGAAGGUAUUACGAGAAUCACAGUUGAGUGUUUAUUGAUAUGUCAAUUGUAUAAGAUACCCUUUAUUAUUGUCUUAACUAAAUGUGACUUAAUCUAGAAUAAGGAGGAUAAAGAAAAAAUAAUAUUUAAAAUUCAUAAUUAAAUCAGCAAUAAUUUUUUAUAUAGAAAAUUGGUCAUUGCAAAGGAUCCCAAAGAAUGCGCUAAUUUGAUGAAUCUUAGACUCAAAAAAUGUGAAAAUUAGAAAGGGAUGAUCUGUCCACUCUUUGAAGUAAAUAAUAUCAAUCGGGAUGGGAUUGAACUUCUAUUAUAAUUUUUGUUCCAUUUUUAAAAUUAGGAUCAUCUUCAUUCUGAGAUCAAAUCAGCAGAUCAACCAUUUAUGAUGGAUGUAUUUUAUACAUGCAAUGUCAAAACUAUUGGUGAGAUCCCAUUUGGAUUAGUAAAAUCUGGAACUGUCAAGUUAGACUAAAUAGUUUCUGUUGGAUUAGACGAAAAUAGGUAGAUACAAUGUGCAAAAGUUAUUUCGAUUUAGAAUAUCAGAACUUCUCUUAAUUAGGCAAGAUCUGGAGAAUUAAUAUGCUUAAUAUUAUAGCCAAUAGCUUAAUAAAUAAUUGACUUUACUAAAAUCAAAAUCAUAGCUGACCCCAAGAUCAACAUUCCCUAUGUAAAGUCAUUCUGGGCAAAUAUAAGCAUGCUUCCUGGUCCAACAACUGUAGCAGUUGGAUUUAAACCUAUUUUAGAACUCUCUAAUAUUACAUAGCAAGUAAACUUAUAAGAAAUAAUUGGCGAAACAUAAUUUCUUAAAAGUGGAGAUUGUGCAUUGGUCAAACUUCAAUUUUUAGAUGAAACCUAUCAACCUGUUUAUGAAAACUAGCAAUUUAUACUCAGAAGCAGUCACUCUAUUGCUUAUGGGUAAGUAGUUAAUGUUUCAUAAUAAGAUUUAAUAAAUGAUGAAUAAUGA